CUAGAACGAAUAGGAUUUUGUUGACCGACAGCUCGAACUUGAAGAUACUGUAGACCGUAGUUUGAUGUGAGAAGAAUACUUAUUGCCAAAUGGCAGUGCAACAACAAACGUAUCCGAGCGUUGGCGAGACUCAGCUGGCGCGACUGUUCCGCGAGUGCUUUCGGAGCUUCAAACGUGCAGGCCUCGUCGACGCAGAGGAUGUGUUGGACCCUGAAUACGAGGAGUCUGAAUACGAUGAGGGCGACCGCGAGGUCCCCGCUGGCCCCCUCAUCACCUUGCAGCUUCGGAUGGAGCCUGUCCUUUGGGAGGAUGAGGUGAUGGCUACGUUGGUGCACCGGCUAGGACUGGACCCGCACCGGCCGCCCGGCUUCAGCAUGGAGCAGCCUGCCAACACCGAGGUAGCGCUGCUGCGGCGGCGUCUGGCGCGGCGCCUGGGCGUCCACCCCGCCUGGCUGCACCUCGCAUGCCUGAUCCCGCGCCGCACGUGGCUACGGCUGGAUGACACCGAGGCAGCGCCGCACAACCCGCUGCUGCGGGUGCGACAAACGCUGGCGACGUACGGCCUGGGGGCCCGCGGGUCACAGGAGGUGUACCUGGCCCUGCUGAAGCCCCCCGUCCCCCAGGGCCGGGGCCGGGGUCUGGCCACAGCUUCCCUCACAGCGCCCAGCAUCACUGGCCGCAAGCGCCCAGCGGAGCCUCAUCAUCAGGCCGCGGCGGCGCCCCACGAGGCCGCUGAAGCGGCACCCCGUGGUGCCAGGGCCGUGGCGGCGCCCAGUGGUGCCGCGGCAGCGCCUCGUAAGGCCGCGGCUGGGGCCGGGGCCGGGGCGCCGCCUGUGGAUAGGGCGCGGACAAGAGGGGAGCAGGUGGGCCCGCCGCUACCCUCAAAGGCGGCUGUCGAGGCCGCGGUGGUGGGAAUCCUGGCAGGCCGCGGCAUUGGCACUGCCGUGCUGACGUCCUGGCACGCCACUGCCCUGGUGGCGGGGCGGCUGGGCGUGGAGGUGUCAGCGGCACUGCAGCGGAGGGUGCGGAGGGUGCUGGACCCGCACCGGUACGGCCCUGUGCGGCGGGGCCAGGCGCAGGAGGAGGGUGGGGAGGAGGCGCGGCGGCAGCUGCAGCAGCGGCUUGGGCGGAGCGCGGAGCUCACCGAACACGAGCUGCACCUGCUGGUGACGGCGCUGCGGGAGCACGGUCCCGACUGGGCCCGCAUCGCGCAGCACCCCUGCUUCCGAGGCCGCCGCACCAAGGAGGCCUUGUUCCGCAUCUGGGCGCAGGUGGUGUCGGUGCUGUUCGGCCCACGACCACGCCGCAGCAGUGGAGGGGGCGGGGGCCGGGGCGGGGAGCCGGCGCUGGGGCCCACGGGCUGCGGCCCGCAGGAGGUGCUGGGGUUGCUGAAGGCCGACAUGCGGCUGUGGGUGCGGGUGCUCAACACGUGGAGCUGGCUGAAGGGGCUGCCGGAGCGGGAGGGGGGCCACGAGCACUGGGCGGGGCGGGAGGGAGGGCAGGAGGGACAGCAGGAGGGCGCCUUGGGUCGGCCUGGUCCCCGAGGACCCGCUGCAUGAGCAGGCGCGGCUGCAGCGGCACCUGGCGCCUGGUUGCGCUGCGAUGAAGUGUAGCGGGUUUGUGUGGGGUGUACGUGUUGCGUGGUUGCGAUGGCAGUUUGGCACUGGUCACUAUGUGUGUGGAUUGUGGAAGCACUCUUGACGCGGCACUGGAAGGUCGAGCGGCGGCAGCAGGGACAUUUGCUUGAUGGCUGCGAGUAUAUGCGCCAUCUGCGUUGCAGAAAUGGCAGCAAGCUUAACGGUACACAGAUGCCUGCGGAGAACUGAAGGCUUGCUUAAUACGGUGCAAACUGCUCAGGUGAUGGUGGCAGUCAACGCAGCAUGCCUAGUCAGCACUGCAUGUUUGGGAAACACUCUAGAACUAGAAGCUACGGUUUGUCAUCAUGUGUUGAAGGGUUGCUCCUGUAGUAUCUUCUUACACACCUUCGCUCUUUAUUUCUUAGCCACGCGGUGGAUGGGAGGUGACUUGUGUGGUUUUAUAUGGGCGCUUCAGUGCGCUGGAACCAGUCAAGCCCAGUUCCGGGACAUGUUCGAUUUGUGGCACGAGAGCUGCCCCUCCAUGCUCGGCACAUGCUUAAGUGGUCUAGUUGGUGGUCAUGUGUGGAUGAUGUCCAAGUGACGCGGAAGUUGGUGGGCAAGGAGGGCCAGAGGGAGGUAUGAAGGCACGGGGGCUUGUGGCAUGAGGGAAUGUGGGCACGCUGUG